UCCAUAAUCGCGCAUCAUUCCUUUCAUCCCGUUUACCUUUGUUGUAGAAUAUUUAUAAUAUUUACAUUUGAGCAUGUAAUUUAUAAAUGAUUUAAAAUAUAACCACAGCGCUACAUUAUAUGCAUAUCGUCCAAAGCUUCAUUAAAAAAAUCCCGCCAAGCUCUCAAUGGAAGCCCGCUAAUGAGCUAGCUAACGUUACAGAAGCUAACUUUAGCUAGCAGCUAGCUGUGUACGUUCGUGUUAUUUUGAUUGAAGAACAAAAUUCCAGAAGAAAAGUUUCAGCUCUUUCGCCGAAAUGACGUCUGCCUCUGCUAAGGUGGGGGAGAUUUUCUCAGCAGCAGGAGCUGCCUUCACCAAGCUGGGGGAGCUGACCAUGCAGCUGCACCCGGUGUCUGACUCCAGCCCUGCAGGAGCCAAAUGGACGGAGACAGAGAUUGAGAUGCUUCGAUUGGCGGUGCGUCGCUUUGGAGACGACCUGAACAACAUCAGCACUGUGAUCAAAGAGCGAACCGUAGCUCAGAUAAAGAGCACGGUGAAGAGGAAGUUGUACGAGGACAGCAGAGUCCCCAUUUCCUCUGAAUCCCCGAAGAAGAACGUUAAGAAAUCCGCCGUCACCAUGACGCCGACGCCCACUCCCACCAUGAUUGCUGUGCCAACCUCGCAGGUCGUCGUGGCGACGGGAAUGCAGAGCAGCCCCUCCCUGGCGCCGCCUAUCAAGAAGCAGAAGACGGCAGACGUGACUCUCAGUGCUCUGAAUGACUCGGAUGUGAACAGUGACCUGGUCGACAUCGAAGGACUCGGCGACGGCUCCUCCAGCAAGAAGCUCAACUUUGACCAAGAGAGCCUCAACCUGGACUCCAGCCUCAUCAUGAACUCCAGUGACCUCCCCCUCCUGUCCCGCUGACCUUUGACCCCCCCAGAGAGAAGCGUGAGGGCUGCAGUAGUUGUCACGUCGCGUGGCCUCCCAUCUCGAACACGUAUACUUUUAUUUUUUAAACAGUCCCACUUCCUGUUCGGCUCUCUCCACCUGACUUUCAUCUGUCGACGUUUUAAAAACAGGAUUUUCUGAUAAUUGAUCAUUUUGUUAAUUUUUAAGUUCAAAGUGUGAAAAAGACAAAUAUGCUGAAAAUGUUUUUUUGGAUCUGAACAAAUGAAAAAAAGUGUAUUUUUUUAAAGAACAGGAAACUGGCUCCAUCCUUUUCGAAACAUCGACUGAUGAACUUCAGCUCAGGUUUUUUUUUUUAGUGAAACAGUUUCAGGCUUUUUGGAGCAGAAUCAUGUUCCAUCAGAGAUUUUUAGUUUUCAGGACAGUUUGAAAAUUCAGUUUGGAAACAUUUUAGAAAAUCGGACAAUAAAAGUCAAAGAACCGAAAUCAAACAGGUUAGAUUUUUUUUUACAUCUGGCUGUUAUGAAGAAUGUUGAGCUUCACAUGGAGAAAUCAUCACCCGAAGAAACGAUGGCGUCUGGGAAGUUUGGUGAUUAAUCAUUGACUCUGAGCCAUUUGUCCUCUCAGCAUGGAGACAGUUUAUCAAAGAAUUUCCCUUGAGUCCAACCAGGACUUUUACUUUACAGAGCCGUCGGCUUUAACUCGUACCAGACUUCCUCGUCCUGUAGUGAUCAUGUUUCUGCCACAAGUUUGAAAAUCUGCUUUUAUGGAUCAGUGGCUGAGCGAUGUAAAAACAUGUUUUCAUUAAAUUGAGUUU